AAGUAGUCAACCUGUUUAUUAUUAGAGGGGGGUGUCCCAAUACUUUUGCGAGAACUAGUGUAUUUUACCAUUUCACAAACAUCGUUGUGAUUAGAGUCCAUAUCAAAUGCUUUUAGAAUAGAUCCACAAUCUGACUGUUUUAAACGAUUUUUUUUUUCUGGUUACAUCAAUGAAUUUUAAAAAUGUAUAUGUUAUUUUCAGGGCUUCAUCGGUCGAGGUUGAUCUCGCGUACUCCAAAUUGUAAUUUUGUUUUCACCAAAACGCACAGUUUUGAUCAAAAUGCUUCAGUGUACUUUUAAAAGUGUUAAAACUUAAAAGUAAUUGUAUAAAAACAACUUGCGUCGCACGCUCUUAUCAAACCCUCGCCCAUUGCGUCGUUUCUGACAUGGCAUCGGCAGGGUUCCGCUUUCCGCAAGUGAGAAAAAAAAAUAAAGAUCCAUUACCGGAUGCGUUUAGUUUUGGUUUCUACUCAACUUGCUGUCAACCCGGAAAGAGGCUGCGCUCGGGGCACAGGGUUCGGCUUUCGGCGCGGAGCUUUCAUCUGUUUUCACGGAUAAAUGAACGCACGUUGUGCGUGUAUUGUGUUCUGAGAGAAUAACCCACACACAGCAGAACGCGGGUGAGUCACCAGCCUUUGGGAUUUUGGAAGUGAAAUCUGGGACAUGCCUUACCUGGACAGACAAAAUCGGACCUGUGGAUUCCUGGAUAUUGAGGAAAAUGAGAACAGUGAUAAGUUUUAUCGGCGUUAUUUUAUCUUGGAUACUCAUGAGAAUUUUCUCCUCUGGUAUAUGGACAAUCCACAGAACUUACCUCCGGGAACGAAGUUUGUUGGAAGUUUACGACUCAGUUACAUUUCAAAGGUUAAUGAAGUAUCAGUAAAGCAGAAACCAAAAGCAGAAUUCUGCUUUGUAAUAAAUGCAUUGUCCAGACGGUACUUUCUGCAGGCCAAUGAUGCUAUGGACUUGAAGGAAUGGGUCAUUGCUCUGAAUAAUGCCACCAAAAUUACAGUUCCGAAAGCAUCACCAGUGACCCAAAGCUCUGAUGCCACAAAUGUUUCAAACCCAAGUCAGUCAACAUCUCGACAGGCGUAUAAAACAGAAAUUGUGGGAGGUGUGGUGGUGCACACGCCAGUCCAGCAGAGCGAUAAUGAGGACGUCUUCACGAGUGAACUAGGAUCACAUGUUACUUUGAGGAGAUGUCAGAGUGUGCGUCCAAAUGUCAUGAGGUCUGGCUAUUGUGUCAAGCAAGGCAAUGUGAGGAAAAGCUGGAAGAGGAGGUUUUUUAUUCUAGAUGACCAAACUGUGAGCUACUAUAAAUCUGAAAUGGAUAAAGAACCUUUACGCAGUAUUCGAUUGCAGGAUGUGCUGAAAGUUAAUGAGUGUCUGGUGAAAUCAGGAGAUCUGCUGUCUCGUGAUAACCUUUUUGAAAUCAUCACCAAUACCAGAACCUUCUACAUCCAGACAGACACCCCAGAAGACAUGAAAGGCUGGAUCAAGGAUAUCUCCUCAAAAAUUCAAGACUUUAGAGGACCAAGUAAGUUCCGCUCUUCCAGCAAAACCUUUUCUGCGCAGAGGAAGCCUCAGCUUGUGAAGUCCGUCUCCACUGUAGAUUCGUGGCAGCCGUGGACCCCGGUGCCCAAUCAGGAGAAGCAUUCGAAGGAAGAGUGUCAGAGAGAAGGGCCGUACAGCUCUCUUCCCUCACUCUCACACAUGGGCCACAUCUUUCAGUCAACGACUCGACAGUCUCGACAGCGACACCAUUCCCAGCCUCAACUCGCUCCCAGCGACACAGACUUUCCCGACAGUCUCGACAAUCUCCGCUCCACUGAUGUUUAGUUUGCUUUAAUGGAUACUGCUGGCCAGCACAUGGAUAGUGUUAGGAUUUUAGCUUUUUGAUUGUUGCUUUUCUUGUUUAGUGGUGCGCACACAAGUGCGUCAGUCAUUGCAAUGCUGCUCACUCACUCUAAAGGAAUAGUUCCCUAAUUUAGUUCCCAAAUAGUACCCAAAAAUCCUGUCAUUAUUUACUCAACCUCCUGUUAUGCUCCGACAAGCAAUGUAUGGCAAGAAUUGUGAACCGAUUCUUCAAGCAGUCUUACUUUUUAAACAAAAUACUAUUUUAGGAACAAAAAAACUGGUUUGUAACAAUAUGUAGACAAGAAUUUUCUAAUUUUGGCUGAACUAUUCCUUUAAAAUAAUGUGUCUUAUGUAUGAAGGAAUGUAAAAUGAGGAAGGAUCAUCUGGUGAAAAGACAUUUCAUGUGUUGUUUUGCUUUAAUUAAUUUCCCAUGACAUAAAGUGGGGUCUGAAAGUCUGAGACAACUUGUGAAAUGCUUUUUUGUAUUAUAUGAUAUGUUUAUAAUGAUAUUUUCAGCACACACACACAAAAAAAAAAAAAUAAUAAUAUGAGUGAAUAGUUAAGAUUCUUAGUAUUUGGUAGAUCCAUCUUUUGCUUUAAUGACAGCGGUACUUGAGCUGACAUGAACUGAUGAACAUGUUAUCCAGCAGGAUUUAAGAAUGUCCCAAAGAGCAUCUUGUGCACUGCAAUGAAUAUUUUGCUUUGUUUUACAUCAUAACUUUGUUUUUUUAAAUAUGAGAUAUUUACAUUUCAAGAUUUAAACACCUAAGUUUUCAAUGUGGUCUCAAACUUUUGGACCUGCUUGUACACUUGAAAAUGUCCUUGGUACGUGUGGUAGACUUCAGUCAAGGCAUGUGGACUUAUUUUGAAGACAUUCUGUUUUCAAUAUCACUAAUGAAGGCGCUUGAAGGAUUAGGUCAACUUUGACUAGACAGACAUUCUAUAAUGAUUUUCGUGACUGAAAACAUUUUAAUAUUGAUUACUUUGAAAUGCCUUAAAAUGUUAAUAGAAUUAUUUCUUUUGUUGUUGUGAAUGGUACUGCAUGUUGCCAAGUAGGCAAUGUGUCUGUUGCUCUUGUACUUGUUUUUUAUAUAUAUAUAUUCGUCAUUGUUAGAUAUGCAUCAUCGCUUUGCACAUGAAAUAAACCAGUCUUUGAAGGGAAAAAA